UUGAGCUAUCUAUCGGGGAUUUUCUCUUGGGUUUUCUCUAGAUUAUCAUUAUUACGAUCACUUUUCAGAUAUGGAGGUGGUGGAUUUAUAUGGACUGCUGAAAUUCCGGGUGCCGAGUUAACCGCUCGAUCGGUUUUGCAUGAAACGAGAUUGAAGAAGAUUACUAGUUGUUGCAUGCUCCAACGAGCAAAUGUUCAUGAUCUGUUCUCCUGCAUACUUGGCUUGGAGGAGGGAGGAAGAGAUGAUGCAGAAGUACGCGCCAUCGUUUUAUAUGGAGGUGGUGGAUUUAUAUGGACUGCUGAAAUUCCGGGUAAAAAAGGCUUGGGUAAAAGUGCUGCUCACAUGUAUUUCGCUUGUGGCCUUGGAGUGUUAAUAGUUUUAUGUCGAGAUUCCACGUUUGUACGAUUUUCCAUAAAAGGUGCCGAGUUAACCGCUCGAUCGGUUUUGCAUGAAACGAGAUUGAAGAAGAUUACUAGUUGUUGCAUGCUCCAACGAGCAAAUGUUCAUGAGUCUGUUCUCCUCAUAGGUACGGUAUCCGGAAAUGUUUUCGCCUUGGAUAUCAACUCCCUGGAGCUCUCGGAAUACAUUGUUUUUGAGGACUGUUUGCUGCAGAGGUGA